AUGGACGAUGAUGGUAUCCUUCGAAAUUGCGCUUCAUUUUCUUUUCCUCGAAGUAUCUGCGCACACGUUCAGCUCUUGCUGACCUCAUCGUUCUCAACUAACGCGGGAGUCGCACUUCUGAUUUUAUGUAUUCCAUCAUGGCCUGGUACUCGGACAUCGUUUCUGUCAAGUAUGCUUCGAAGCUGCGUCUCCUCGGGUGUGCUGCAGGACCGUGCGAUGGCUCGCUGCCGCUUUCAAGCAACGAAAUCAUGCUUGUGAUGUUACGUGACAUUAGGGCAGCCGACUUCUUCGCGAGAUCCACGGCCUGAUUCAACUCGAAUCGAAUCUGGGUGUAAGCCGCAUCUCCACGUGGUGGCGUCGGGACGAUAACUCUGGUUCCAUUGCGGGCCGCGGAUGGUUUCCAAGGCUCUGCUGACUUCGUAG